AUGACCAUGGGAUCCCCUUUCCAGUCCCUCACCACCUUACUCCCGGGCGGGUACUCGCUCAGGUCUAUCCCACCCUCCUCGCCCCAAUCCCCGGCCGCCUCCGCCUCAUCAUCAUCCGCCUCAUCAUCCAUCGCCUCGUCUUUUUUGGUUUUUUGGUUUUUGGUUUUUGGAAACACCAACGCUCCGGCCGGAGCGUCUCCAAACGCGUCAGCCUCGUACGUCUCCACCCCCACGAACGCCGCCCCGGACGCCCUGCGCGGCGCCCUCGGUCGAACCCGCGGCUCUUGCGUCUCGAACGACGACGAAACGCGAGACCCGGAAGAGUCCGCGAGCGCCCUCGCGAUGACGCCCGCGGCGUCGAGCCCGUCGGCGUCCUCGUCGACGAUGACGAGCCCGGAGCCGCCGCCCGACGCCGCGACGACGCGCUCGGUGGUGUCUCCUCCUCCUCCCGUCGUCGUCGUGUUAAGCGGCGGUCGUACCGGGACGCACCGUACGAUGCGCCACACCGGCGAUCCGUCGACGACGUGCGGCGCGAAUCGCUCCCCCCAACGGCGGUGGUCGCCCCCCGGGAUGCGUGCGAAAAACGCGUCGAUGUCCGCCACGUUCGCGAAGCCGCGGAUCUCCAUCUGGAUGUUAGACUCCGGCACCCCGACGGCGCCGGUGACGAGGGAGACGUCGGCGGGGUCCAGGCCGGCGGCGACGCCGACGGUGUGGACCCAUUCGCCGAGCAUCUCGAGCGCGUUGGCCUUGUGA